AUCUAUGAGCGUCUAUGAGUUACAGGUUUUCUGAAUAAAAUGUCUAUUUCUCAAGAUAAUCGUCCUGAACUUUACGAGGAGGUGAAGCUUUUUCAAAAUUCGCGAGAACGUGAGAAGUUUGAUAAUCUUGCUGAUUUGUAUGCUGUUAUUAACACAAUUCAACAAUUGGAAAAAGCAUACAUUAGGGACUGUGUACCCUCAAAGGAAUACACUGGUGCUUGUAGCAAAUUAUUAGUACAAUAUAAGGCUGCUUUCAAACAGGUGAAAAGCGAUGAAUUCCCCACAGUUGAUGUCUUUGUUCGUAAAUACAGGCUUGACUGUCCUGCUGCUUUGGAAAGAAUAAGAGAAGAUAGACCAAUCACUAUAAAAGAUGACAAAGGAAAUACCAGUAAAUGCAUUGCAGAUAUUGUUUCUCUUUUUAUCACCUUAAUGGAUAAACUUCGUUUACAAAUAAAAGCAAUGGAUGAUCUUCAUCCUGAAUUAAGAGAUUUAGUUGAUACGAUGAAUCGAUUAAGCAUUUUACCAGCAGAAUAUGAAGGAAAGCAGAAGGUAGCUGAAUGGUUAGCAACACUGAACUCAAUGCAGGCCUCUGAUGAAUUAUCUGAUUCUCAAGUUAGGCAAUUAUUGUUUGAUUUAGAAGCGGCUUAUUCAGAAUUUAAUAAAGUUCUUCAUACUGCUUAAUGCAUCACUCAACAGAUUUAUUUUUCUAGUUAAUAAUUUUAUUUUCAGUUAAAUAUAUAUAUGUAUAUAUACUACUACUAUACUGCAUUUAGAAUAGAACAUAUAUUUUGUCAUUUGUAUUAAGAAAUAAAGAAAAUAGUCAUAUUA